AUGGCUACCUCCGAACACCAUGCAUAUCAACCUGCCGACUCGUCCAGCAGUCGCUCUCCGUGUCCAGCUCUUAACGCGCUGGCCAAUCACGGCUACCUAAACCGCGACGGGCGCGCUAUAACCGUUCCCGAGCUCGUACGUGCCAUGAAGGAGGUCUACCACGUAUCCGUUCCGCUCGGCUCUGUACUUGCCGCGGUUGGCGCCGUCUGGUGUGGCAACGGCUGGUCACUGAACCUCGACGACCUUGCUGCUCAUAACAAGAUCGAGCAUGAUGCCUCGCUCACCCAUGACGACGCACGCGCGACGGACAAGUAUGCACCCAUCCCAUCGAACCCGGAACUCGUCCAGCGGUUCCUCGCCGUCUCGGGCAAGAACUACCUCACACUGGACGAUCUGGUCACAUACCGCGCUCAACGCGACGCAACUCUCACCAAACCGCUCAGCACCGUGCAUAACAUCAUCGCGGUCGGUGAGCUCGCACUCACCCAACAGGCGUUCCAAGACCCGGAGGGCCGCUUGCCCAAGGACCAUCUCCGUGCAUGGUAUGGCGAGGACAGGCUCCCCUUGGGUUGGAGCAUCCCUCGGGACACUGUCAUAGGACUUCUGAGCACGAGCAAGCUCAACAAGAAGAUCCAGGAUGCUGUGGCUCAAGUCGAGAAGACAAAAUGA